GGAGGGGCCAAUACUUGGCGCGGUCGGGCUCAGGGGUAGAGCUUGUGAAGAUGCAGGCCUGACGGCUUGAGGACGGCGUGAUCGCGGCAGAGGGAGCGGGUCUCGCUCGGCAGGAUGGGCGGGCUCUGGCGGCUCCUGCGCGCUCUGCGGCUCCCGCUCCUCGGGCUAGAGAAGCAGUUUGUGGGCAGCGACCAGUUUGGAAACAAAUACUACAAGAUCCCCAAACACCAAACUUGGGCUGGACAGACAAUUCCAGAGAAAAGACUAGUAGAAGCUGUAAAUCAAGAGGAGUAUAAGUAUGAAGUGGGCGACCUGCCAGCAGAAUGGGAAGCUUGGAUUAGAAAAAGAAGAAAGGAUCCACCCACAAUGGAGGAAAUUCUUAAGAAUGAAAUCUAUAGAGAAGAAAUAAAACUGAAAAUCACAGCUGCUUCUGAAAAGGACAGCCUCCUUCAGACCAAGGAAUGUGAGGGACUUGUUGCUGAACCAGUUCAAACUCAAAUUAAAGGCCAUGCAUCAUCAUCUUACUAUGGAAAGAAUGAGCCUUCACCAGACCCAUCCAGCACUGCAAAAACCUUUCAGCCAGGUUCCUGGAUCCCACCAGAUAGCAGUAGUUGUAGUAAGUAAACAGUUGUAAUGUGAAAAAUCUUGCCAGUGAAUUGCACAGAUAAUUGCUCUAACAAGCAACAUGACUGAAGAAAACUUUUUUUCAUUUACCAACUGUUGUGUGAGAAAUAAACUGAUAUAUUAAUUUUCAUUUGUUUUUACACAGCCAGAUCUUAGACAUCAUUGCAUUUAAUUAUUACUGUGACUAAUUAGUAUAUCUUAGUAUAAAACUACUGCUACUUAAUUUGUUGUUUGUUUUUUUUAAGAAAUUGGUUGUCUUUUGUUGUUCUUGAGUUCAUUCUAUUUAGUUCAUUGAGACAGGAAAAUGGCAUCAUAUACUUUCUUUUGACAGGCAUUUUUCCUUAAAGGUAACCUAUUUUUUUUUAAAAUAUAACUAUAAUCUGGUCUUAACAUAAUGGAUUUCACAUAGCUUAUUUGUAGACAUGAAGCUUAGAAAUGACUUUUUGCAUUAUCAAAUCUAGAUUUGUUGCUUCAUCACCAUGUAUUUCUCUGGAAUCCCAAAGAGUUCCUUGCCUAUUUUUGCCUUAUUAUGGUCAAUGCUGUUGGCUCUCCUAGGUGAUUUUAGGGUCUGUUUAACCUCAUUAACAUAAAGCACUUCAACAAUA